UUUUAACACGCCGCAGAACUAUCGCCGUGGCGGCAGAGCUCAGCCUCGUCGCUAUGGGAGACGGUCCAGAAAUAAGCUGUCAUUAGGCCCCUAUGUGUUGGAGUCAGGUAGAUAAUGACAAUGAUACAGAAUCAAAGCGUAGCUUUUACACUCUUGAAAGAAUGCAUGUGUGCGCGCGCAUAGGGCUGUCAAGACUGUCAUGGCUGAAUAACAAAAACUACAAUUCAAUUCAAACACUUUAUUCAUCCCCGAAGGGCAAUUUAAAUGACACAAAGAGCAGUAUAGAGAAUAAAAAUAGACCAACGAACACCACUUUAGUUAACAAACGCUGCAGACCAAUAACCACAAGUGAGAUGUCACGAAGACUAAUGGAAGCUAGCAAACGUGCUAAGAUAAAAGGCGCUGGAAAGGGUCUCUACGAGUACUGUUGUUACCUGUUAGUUUUGGAUUAUUUCCUGAAAAUUCCAGUUUAAAAAUACAAAUCGAAACACAAGCUAAUUGCUCAUUUAUUGCUUAUUUACACAAACAAUCAAAAGACAAUAUAGCGUGUCAGUCAUACCGCUGUGGGACGCUGCUCCUUUAAGAGAUCUGAGCCCGGAAGUGGCCGCAACGACCCAUGUGACCACAGGUGUAGGCACAAAUAAGGAUGAUGUCAUUGUACGCACGCGUCACCUGGGAGACGGGAGCAAGUCCUCUUCUUGACUUCAUCCUGAGGAGGACGACAAGGAGGAAGAGGAGUCUUUGCCAAAGUGUCUACAGUGACCUCUGACCCCCCUGUCUACAGCUGCUGACUUUUGAAAGGAGGUGAAAGUAGAACAGGGAGGAUGAUGGGAAUGUUUACCAGGCAGCAUUUCCGUCCUUCAUAGCCCGGAACCACUUCCUGGAUUUUUGUGUAUACAUAUAUAUAUAUAUAUAUAUAGAGAGAGAGAGAGAGAGAAUAUACUUUUCACCUUUUGGCCAAGACUGGGCAUUUCGGAAAAACGAAAAUUCCUUACACUUGGAACAGAUUGAUUCAGAGGCACGGCCGCUGACGGUCACAAUGGCCGCUUUGACGCAUCGGACGACUCGGAGCUGAUCCCCGCAGAGAGUGAGGCAGCCGGCAUCUGUCAUGUCCUGGAAGAGGAACUAUUUUGCGGCAGGCGGUGUGGCGGGGGCGGGGGGCAUGGCAGGUGGCGGGAUGCAGGCGAUGCUAACGCCUCGGACCGUGACCUCCAUCGCUCCCAGUAAAGGACUGAGCAACGAGCCGGGACAGAACAGCUGCUUCCUCAACAGCGCCCUGCAGGUUCUGUGGCACUUGGACAUCUUUCGUCGUAGUUUCAGACAGCUGACAUCUCACAAGUGCAUGGAGGACGCGUGCAUCUUCUGCGCUCUUAAGAGCAUCUUUGCUCAAUUCCAGUACAGCAGCGACACCGUCCUGCCCUCCGACGCCCUUCGAAGUGCCCUUGCCAAAACCUUUCAGGACGAGCAGAAGUUUCAACUCGGCAUCAUGGACGACGCCGCCGAGUGCUUCGAAAACAUCCUGAUGAGGAUCCACUUCCACAUCGCAGACGAGUCCAAAGAAGACAUCUGCACUGCCAGACACUGCAUCCCUCAUCAGAAGUUUGCCAUGACGCUCUUUGAACAGUGUGUUUGCAGCAGCUGUGGAGCAUCUUCAGACCCGCUACCCUUCAUUCAAAUGGUCCAUUACAUCUCCACCACCUCCCUGUGCAACCAGGCGGUGAAGAUGCUGGAGUCCCGCCAGAACGCCACCCCUGGAAUGUUCGGGGAGUUGCUGCGGAACGCCAGCAUGGGCGACCUGCGCAGCUGUCCUAGUCAGUGCGGUCAGCAGCUGAGGAUGGCUCGCGUCCUCCUCAACAGUCCAGAGAUCAUCACCAUAGGCCUGGUGUGGGACUCGGACCACUCCGACCUGGCCGAGGACGUCAUCCACACCCUGGGAACCUGCCUGCGACUGGGAGACCUGUUUUACAGGGUGACCGAGGAGAAGGCUCGCCAGGCGGAGCUCUACCUAGUGGGCAUGGUGUGUUACUACGGCAGGCACUACUCUACCUUCUUCUUCCAAACUAAAAUACGACGCUGGAUGUACUUUGACGACGCGCAUGUCAAGGAGAUCGGCCCCAAGUGGAAGGACGUGGUUUCGCGUUGCAUCAAGGGCCACUACCAGCCCCUCCUGCUGCUGUACGCCGACCCACGGGGGACGCCGGUGGCGGCCCAGGACGCGCCCCCGCGCCUGGACCUGCAGCCCGUCACCAAGGCGUGCUACGACAGCGAAGACUCGGGCCGCGAGCCGUCCAUCUCAAGUGACACUCGCACCGACUCUUCCACGGAGAGCUACUCGUCCCGACAGCCCCCCCCCUCGCACCAUGAGUCCCUGGCCAGUCCCUGGCACUCCUCUGACUCCCAGGCAACCGUCGUCUGCAGCCAGCGCCCCGAAGGGCCACACCACGCCUCGCUCUGCAGCCUGGAUGCCAUAGGCCACGUGACGGACGCUGAGCAGCGGCAAUCUCUGAGAAGGGGAGGCGGGGCCAGGGAUAGGAGGCGGAGCUCAAGCCGCCUCCGCCGAUCUAAACCAGACCACGAAGCCUCGUCAGCCGGUUACCACAGCGAGGGAGAGACGCUCAAGGAGAAGCAGGCUCCUCGGCAAGCCCCUAAAUCAUCGUCCUCCUCAUCUUCAACCAGCCGCCUCCGCGAUUUCAAGGAGACCAUGAGCAACAUCCUCCACAGCCGCCCCCUCUCCUCCUCCUCCACCUCCUCUACCUCCUCUUUGCCGGCCGCGGGCAUCGCCUCCUCCGCCAAACCUCAACACUGGGAGGCCGACAGUACCGGAAGCGAAUCCAAAUCCAGCUCAUCCGGAGGCACGGCGGGGAGGUACCGACCGGCGUGGAGGCCCAGGAGGGAGGUGCUCAACAUUGACAGCAUCUUCACGAGGGAGAGGAGGAGCAGACAGUCCGGCUACAGCCCGCUAGAAACCCCCCUGACGGACCUCACAGAGAGAACUCUCCCCUCGGAGGGAGAAAGCGACGCCUUGACGGCCCAGUCGGAGGUGGCAUCAAUUAGACCGGGCUCCUCCUGGACUCUCCCCGCCGCCUCAUCCAGCCACCUUAGAGCAGUCCCAGCAGGAAGGGGCGCAGGGCAGGCUCCUCCACCGAGACUGAUCCAGAGAAUGGAGAGCGGCUACGAGAGCAGCGAGAGGAACAGCAACAGUCCAGUCAGCCUGGAUCUCAGCCUGGGAGAACGGAAGCCGCCAUCCUCUACGGGACCUCCGUGGAAGAACACACGAUCCAAGAGCAGCGGCGCUCUGCUGCAGGACAUCAGCUCGGCCUCUCGGGGGAGCCUCGCGCCCCCUGCAGGUCGCAGUGAGCUGGACGAGCUGCAGGAGGAGGUGCUGAGGAGAGCCAAGGAGGAGGAGCGGCAGCGCCAGCAGGAGAAGGAGAGGGAGGCCGCGCUCGGCUUCAACCCCCGCCCCAGCAAGUACCUGGACCUGGACCAGCUGCAGAUCCAGGGUAAAGGUGACAACCUGGAGCAGUGCCUGUCGGAGGCGGAGCUUCUGCUGGACCAAUCGGUGCACCUGGAGCAGGCGGGUGAGGUCGCCGCUGCCCUCUCUGCCGUCAACGAAGCCGUGUCCAAAUUACGUCCUGCGAGCGAGGGCGGAGCUAGUUUUCACAGCCGGCUGCAGCGUUGCAUGAGGAGAGGCCGCAGCAUGCAGCAACGUCUGCAACUGCAGCGGCAUCACAAUCACCAUCAUCUUCAUCAAGCUGAGCAGCAGCAGCAGGAGGGGCGACAGCUCCUGGAACAGCCCAGUGAAGCGCCUCUCUCGCAGCAAGUACUUCUGACGCACAGACCGGACGGCCAAUCAGCUUCCGGCCAGCACCAGCAGACUCCGCCUCAUCCUCCUCGCAACCAUGUCAUGCCACCGGCUCCCCCGACACCCUCAUCGUUCGGCUCCGCCCCCUCAGGAUUACCCCUUGAUGAUAUCAGGGUCCACGCCCCCACGCUGGUUAGCCACAGGUCACUUCCUGAUUUGGACACUGUGGAUCAGAACCCCCCGGGCGAGGUGGCCUCACCUAGUCUACCCGAGAAGUGGGUCGGUGCCCCAACACAAGCCCCGCCCCCCCUCCAGACGCCGUCGCCUGAUGUCGCUGGCCUGAUUGCACCAAUGGAGCAGUUUCACCUUGGACACACACGGUCCCCUCCCCCCACCAGGAACUGGUCUUGCUUACCGCCAGACCCACCUGAAGAUCGUGCCGUCAAGGCACCAGUCAACUUGUCGCCUCGGCCCCGGUCCCCGCAACCCCUGAUUCGCCAAGUCGGGGUGUGGACUCCCUGUCCCGACGGCAGCAGCAGCAGCAGCAGCGUCCUGCCGGUGGAGCGCUGGGCACAGAACGUCAGUAGAUACUACAGCUCCCACAAUGCACCAGCACUAGCAGGAGGACUGUCUGAGCUGGACUGUCUGUACCAGGCCAGCCUGAUGGCUCCCAGCGUGCAGCGACCCGGCCCGGCUGCCAGUCCGCUGCCCGGCAGAGCAGCACCGAGGAGGAUCCCAUCGGGACCGGCUCGCUCCAAAACACCCACGGCCGAGAUGGAGAGGAACGCCUACAGAACACCUGUCACUCUCACGACGGCCAAGUGGUCCGACACGGAAGAUGAGAGCUACAGCGCAGAAAACCUGCGUCGGGUCACUCGCAGCCUGAGCGGCUCAGUCCCAGCCACGCUUGGCCCCGCCCCCCACAGCCGUCACUCGUCUCUGUCCACACACUCUUCCACCCUCCUCCGUCACCCUUCCUCUUCCAGCACCGAUACCUCCCACCACCUCCUCCGUCACUACGGCCCUCCACCGCAGCACACACUCCCGCUGAUGUCACGCCCCACCGCCACUCGGGGACACUCAGGUUGGACACCCCAGCAGGAGGCCAUUGUUGUUGCUGACAGGCUUGAAGGAGUCAGCAUGAGUUACGGGACUCUUCCCCGCGCUCCUCGUCGAGCUCAGGACGUCUCUUCCACCUCAUCGUUCCCCAGCGAGGUCAGAGGUCAGGCUCCUCCAGCAGUAAUUCCACAGAGUCUUUACGCCACCAUGUCCCGCCGCCCCUGUCGCCCCGCCCUCACUAACGGCCACCACCGGCAAGCAUCGCUGCCGCCGUCUCUCUCUGCCGCGCCGCGCCCAAGACCGGGAGGGCCGAGCCCCGCCCAGCCACUGCGCCUGGACAUGCCACCAGAGGGCGACUGGCGGCGCCAGGCGGAUCCCACCGCCGCUCGCCACCGCCAGAUGCCCCCGCAGCUCUGCUCGCUGUGCCGUCUGCUUCCCGCCGAGCCGCCCCGCCACUUCUGCUCCUCCUGUGCCUCCUAUGUGGCUCGUUGCCGCCCCGCCCGAUGAGCACGUCUCGCCGCAACGGCACUGGACCAAGAGUCAAUUUGGGAAUGUCGCACAUCCUGCGCCGCCUGCUAGCGUUUGUAGCGUUCUUUCUAUUUCAAAUGUGCCUACGUCCGCCUCCUCAUCCUCACGGAUGAAGAAGACAAGAAUAUUCCACGUGAAAGUAUUUAUUUGCUUUAUUUAGGCUUGUGCGUAGAACUAUCAAAGCUAUCUGCCUGAACUGAAAUAGUUGAUCAAGUUAGAGCGUGAAGAGUUGCAGCUAAUAUUUAGCAUGUUUUUCCUUAUAUAGCCUUUAACUUGACCUACGUAGAAACAGAAACAUAGAUGCACACACUGUCUUUAACGCUAACGCAGCGUUAUGCGUUGAAAGCAGCUUUGCGGUACCGUGACGCUUGCUGACGUCGUCCAUGCAGCACACUUGGGUGAGCAGAAACAAUUGGCAACAAUGAACAGGAAGAUUGUUUCUUUUAGUCCAGUGAAGAGAUGUCAAGUACUUGUUCUAUUUUUGAUGCUUAUUUUUCUACUUAUAGAAUUAACAUUAAAUGUUUCAAGGAAAAAAAAAUGUCUGAUCGUGUUCCCUGUUAGCGAAAUGUCAUAGCAUCCCUUGUUGUGAACAAACAAGAUAACUGUUUUAUUUAAAUAUGUAAAAUUUGUACAUAAAUAUAUAAGCAUACAUUUCAGGUAUACAGCAAAUGUCUGUUGACGUUUACAGAGGCUGCUCAGCAGAUUAAACUCUUCUACUGUCAACAUGAGUUAAAAUCGAUAAAAAUGAUGAAUUUAUCACUUUACAGUUAAUUAUUAUAUAACCAAUAGCGAGGAAUGAUUGAAGGCUGUGUCUUUAAACGGCGUAUUUUUUCUACCCAAACUUUAUUUUGCGAACACAAGUUGCAGUGGACUGUAAAUACCCGGAUGUGGUGCUAACGAUCGCCAUAUUGGCGACAGAAGUGAUGGAAAGUAGUUGAACAAAAGACUGUAAAUAGGCGAUGGUCAUUUCCGGUAAGUGUACAGUGAGAGUAACGGAACGUAGUACUCACAGUACACACAGUAUACUUAUUGAAGUGUACUCACAGAAGAACAGUAAACCCUCGUUUAUGGCGGUUCAUUACUUCCGCGAUAUGAAUUAAUGUUAACUAAUACUUA